CUCGGGUUUUAACAUUGGAAUAGCGGUUUACGAUGGCUUUCCCAGAGACCUCAUACUGGCUGAAAUUCUUCAAGGAUGCUAGUAUACCUGCUGGGGACGCUGCAAACUAUGCCGUUACGUUUACAGACAAUAGGAUCCAGAGUGACAUGCUCCAGGACCUGACAAAGGAUUACCUUAACUGCAUGGGAAUCACAAUUCUGGGUGAUGUCAUCAACAUCCUCAAACAUGCCAAGACAGUACAUAUACAGGAGGCAAGAGAAAAAACUUUAAGAGCUUCACAGCCUUCACCAACCCCGAGAAGAUCAACAGCUGCCAGUCGGAUUGUGGAUCAUUACCUCGGUAAAGACCCAGAUGCAGUUCCAAUGAAUCUUCCUGUGGUACAUGUACCGAAGAUCUCCAGGGAGUUAUCAGCAAGACUGGGAACUCCUCCAGGCUCAGCCAGAUCUUCUCCAGUUCCAUCCUCGAGUAAAAUCAAUAAAAUCAAGAUUAACCCUAAGAAACUUGAUGAAGUUGUGCCUGUUCCGAAAUCUCGACGAGUAUUUCCGGAGCACGAAGGAAAGUACAAAAUUACAAUGCCUGCUGGGACUACUGCAAAGACACAAAAAAUACUAAAAGCAAAAUCUACAGGAUCCGUUGCCAAGGAAAGUUCAGUGUUUAAUAGACUAGGAGCAGACAAUAAAGGCAGAUCAACCACUCUCACUGAACACGGAGGGAUGAUCAUCAAGUCCUCCAAUACUGAGUCUUCAGUGUUCAGUCGACUUGGAGGGAAGAAGGCGGUGAAGCGAGCAGCUCAGUCAACAUCCAUGGAUGACGAAGAUGAGGAGGAAGGAGAAGCAUUAGGAUAUGCAGGAGUCCUAAAGUCCACUCCCUCUCCGGUUAAACGUAAUAAACUGGUCCUCACAACAACUACUGCCUCAGUGAAGAAAAAAGCAGUGGCUGCUGAUGCUGUUAAAUCGCCCAAGUCUGAGGGGAUCUUCGGUGGACUUGCUGUAAGGAGUCUUCAGGACCGGUUAGGCAAGAAAGUGGGCGGAACUUGCGCUGUGUCCAGUACUACAUCAGACGAAGGGGACGGUCCAGUCAGGAAGAAAUCAGGUAUUCAGAAACGUCUCGGUGCACAGAAGGUCACCUCAAGUACAAAGCCUGCUCCCAAGGUCACCCCACGCAAGGUCACAGGAGGAGACAAGAAAGGCUCUGGUGUGUUCAGUCGACUAGGAAAGAAGGCAAACACGUGACGAUCUUAACACCUGUGGAUCGUUAUUACAGGUGUUAAAUUGCUUGACAAGACAUAGUGGUAUAGAGAGUGACCUUGUGACCUUUAACCUGGUUUAGGAGUGUAGGUAGGGUUUUUGUGCUCUUUACUUUGAAAGUGAGACACAGAUGAUCCGGUAAAAAGCAGGAUAUUUAAUUGAUUUACAUUGGCCUGUGUUAAGCUGACAAAGUCAAGGUCACUUAAACAUUAACAGGGUAAAGAUUCUGCUCAUGAAAUUUGUCGGGGACUUGCUGUUUUCAGUUUCCAUUUGAUUGGUGUAAAAAUCUUGCCAAUCACAAAUCUGAUACUUUCCCUUUUGUGAUCAAGAUUGAGAUGGUCAUUCUUACAUUUAUGCUGCUGUGCAAUUCCAUUCAACUUUUCAAAAAAAAAUGCAUUAUAAUAUGGUGCUGUUUAUUUUGUCAAGUCAUAAUUCAAAGAUGCAAAGAAAAUACAGGUCAUUUGGUAUAUUGUAUGAAGGGAAAGAUAAUUCAGUAUAUUGUAUGAAAAUAGAGGUCAUUUGGUACAUACAUAUUAUGUAAAGAUCAAGGUCAUUUAGGUUAUUGUAAUAGAAUAAAGGUCAUUUAGUACAUUUAUUAUAUAGAUAGGUAUAAUAGUAUGGAGAAGGUUUAAUUAUAUGUUAAACAUACAUUUGAUGGAGUGGCAUUUAUUUUUGAGAUUUCAUUCGUUACAUGCUGCAAUGGAUGCUCAUAGUUAUAAUUAGUAACAGAUAUGACUACACAAACAGUUCAUGUGAAAUUGAUUCAACUUAUACAACUUUUGUGUUUUCACCUUCUUUGUCUUUUUACGAGACCAAAUCAGAUCUCACUGGACAUGUCAAGUUUUUGUGAAGACCAGAACUGAAUGACAACUUUUGAACUCAUUUGAGGUUUAUAUACAAUAUUGACAAACAUAACUGGUUAGUGGUUACUACUGAAAUAAUGUCAGUAUUUUAAUUUGUAUAUUUUAUUUGCUCUAAUAGGGCUAUUUUAGAAUAUUGUAAAGUGUAUUUCAGUUGUUCGGAUUGUGUUGAUACAGGAUUGUUACAUUUUCACUGGAGAUUAUGCAGUGUUUGUAGUUAUUUUAAAUUUUGUGUAUAAUAUUGAAACUUUUGUUUAAAUCUAUCACAUGAUGCACAAAGAAAAUUUGGUUUCCAAGAUGGACACCAGUCCUGAGUUGUUUCCACUUUACUUAUGCUCUGAAAAAUGGUGGAGGCUUGUAAACUCCUCAAGUAAUGUUUGGAAACUCUACAAUCCACUCUUUAUUGCAAAAUAUGGUUAAAAUUGUUUUGUGUUCAUUUACAAGAAUAAAUGUUCCAUAUCAGGCAUAUAUAUUAUUAAUUUAAUAUAGAGUAAGGUCACCUGUCAUCAUCAGGGUCAAGGGAUAGAUUUCUUUCAAUUGUCUGUCAUGUCAUCGAUAUUGUAAGACACAUAUGUUAGAACUCUUGUGACGUCAAAUAAAUGACGUCUUUUUGAUCUCUUUACAUUAUCACAGGAUUUCCUUGCAAGGGAAAAAUGAGUUGAAAUUACCCUGUAUAUAGGGAAAUAGAUUUGAGAAUUUGCAAAAAUUCAUCAUUAAUUUGAGUUGUAUAGUAAAUAUUACUUCAAACAUAUCAAAUUAUUAAAGUAAUAAAUUCCAUAUUACAUCAACACUGAUAUAAGAUUCUACUAAUACAGAGUUGAAAACAAAAUUUCACCUUAUUAGCUAAUUUCGUUUAGCCUAGUCGUAAGAUAUCCAGUUAUUAUCAACUUAAAGACUCUCUGAGAACUAGAGGUUGUAAGUUCAAGGUCAAGCAUAGGUAGGCUAUUUUUCUAUUACUCCUUCCUAUUAAGAUUUGGAGUUGUUGACCAACCCUUAUAUAAACUAUUAGAGAAAGAGAGGAUUCUUUGGAGUCCAAGAACCAGGGUUUUGGUUGUCGUCAGGUAGGAUUGAAACAAUAUGAAAAAAAUUAAAUUGCACGCGAAAAUAAGUUGGUUCAUAAUAUUGUACACCUGUAUAGAGUUUCAACUUACAAAUGAUGGCUGGGACCUAUAUCACUGUACAAUUAUCAAAAUUAAACAAUUUCCCUACAUGACAAAUUAUUUUACAAUAUAUAUCAUCAAAUAACUUGAAAGUAAUCAAACUGCACAUUUUACUUCCUUUCAACUAAACCUUUUGUUUGGUUAUAUGGUUCAUUAUGGUUCAGUGUGUGAAUGUGAUUGCAGGUAUUUUAUCCCAUUUUCUGUUCCAAAUGUAUUGGUUUAUGCUAUCUUUCUCUUUAGCAUGAUAUUAAAACAAGUACCGGGUACCAUGAGUCUACACUGCCCUUUAUUCAGGCAACAUGGAAUGAAAACAUCAUUUAAAAUAUAUUUUGUUUGUAAUUGAGUCAACCCUUUAUAUGAGUAUGUGCUUUAAAGACUGAAUUUUGGUUAUCAUUUUCAGUUUUGUUCAUUUUGGCAUUUUAUUCUCUGCAAUAGUUAAUGAAUUUCUAGUCUUCUGCGACUAGUGGAGAUUUUGUGAACGAUAGAAAUUUGCAUUAUUUUGUUACCUCCCUUGUCAUUGACUGCUCGUCUGGGUACGAUUUGAUGUUUAGAUGUUGAUUGUUUAUCUCCCUUGUCAUUGACUGCUCAUCUGGGUAUGAUGUGACGUUUUACCUUAGAUGUCGAAAAAGUGGUUUCAAAUCUCUAAAUAAAUAUCUUUUUCAAUAA